CUUUUACAAGUCCAAGAGUCGUGUCCCCACAGUCUAGUGCUCCGUUCCUCUUGUGUGCGUUACUUAUAUUCUUUUUUGUUGUCAAUUCGAGUCAUCUAGUGAAAAGAAGUGAGAGUUGAUUUUGUGGGUACGAUCGAGUGAAGAAAAAAAAAAAAGGAAAGAUACGGAAUAGAAAUACUUUCCAGCAGCCUCCCCGUCAUCAAGGCACUCUCGACGGAAGGUAUUUUCGAUUUUUCGGCAGAAGUGUAUAGUUUAGCAUUUGCACCCGCGCACAGAAAUCGAUCGGGCUCCGAUAGGCCGUCUAGGGUUCUCAUUCCGUUCGGAGAAUAUAUAUAUUUUGAUAUUCUGUUCCGCUGUCGCCCAUUCGAUUGUGAAACCAGUCGCCAGUGCCGAGCGCUGCCAAUAGAGGGGCAAAAGGUUGUGUGUCUAACAGCAGAAGCGACUGCACAGGUUUUCGAGAGGUAGAAUAUACGCCCCAAGACGAAUCGGGGAGUGAAGCAAAUUUUCGAUUGCUAAGAUUAUUCACCGACUGCUUGGAGGGUGUUAUUCGAGAGUGAACAACUUGAUAGUUUAUCUGGAAAUUGAUUCACAGCAGGCCACGGUUUGAGUGAAAAAAGGAAAAUUCAAUCUGUUCGACAGAAGUUCCCGGAGUGAAUACAAGGAAGAGCUGCAAAAAGCUGUCCGAAAGAGAAGAUAGAUUGCAAGUGUCCAUUUCGUCAAAGUAGAACGGAGGAAAGGUUACAUGUUGGUCAAGUGGUGAACAUUGUGGAUCAAUUGUAAAUUAUUUCAGUGGAAACUAGUAUUCUUUUUAAUCAACCCUGAAAAAAGCAGUUCGUUCUCAGUGCCUGCUUUGUUUGGAUAACCAGCUUAUUACAACAGCAGUGGAGAGCCUGAGGGAAGAUUUGGAUGUGGAGAAAGAAAGGAUAGCGCUAUCAUCAGGAAAGGCGGCGUAUUACAGUUUCCUGAGCGCAAAAUAAAACUACAAACGACAGAGAAAAACUCCCCACCGAUCAAACUUUUGAUCAGUUCAGGUCAUGGUGAUUAUAAAUAAUAGAGAUGAUUAUUUAUCCUUCCUGAAAGCGCCAGGAGUGAGAAUGCAAACUCCUGUAGUGAGCAAUAACAACUCUUCCACGACGACAUUGACCCGCGAUUCGGUUGCCCAACAGCAGGAGCAACAACAGAACAGCAGCAGCAUCAACAUCAACAACACCCUGCUGAACAACAACAGCAUCAAUCUCAGCCCCAGCAACAAUAAUAAUAAUAACAACAACAAUGGCAACGAUGUGAAUAUCAACAACAACAUUAAUAACAACAACAACAGCAGCAACAACGGGCUGCCAGGACUGGCGAAGGCGGUGCUCAUCUGCCGACAAAAUUCACAUCCUUUCAACAAUCGAACACUCUUUCUUGAGCCACAUCAAGAAGUCAAAGUAGGCCGAUCCGUUGCGCGGAACCGCGUGUCCGAAAACAAUGCGAUAUUCGACUGCAAAGUACUGUCGCGAAACCACGCUGUGCUGUGGUACAACGACGGGAAGUUCUUCAUCAAGGAUACCGGCAGCAGCAAUGGCACCUUCAUCAACAACGUCCGACUCAGCCAGACGAGCACCGAGUCGGAACCAUAUGAGGUCAGUUCGGGGGAUAUCGUGCAGUUCGGGGUGGACGUUAUGGAGAAUACGCGCCGGGAGACCCAUGGCUGCAUAGUGGCCACCUUGAAGUUAUUUCUCCCGGAUGGGCGGGAAACCAAGGCCAGCCAGUCGAUCGGAGUCGGCGGGCAGAGCACGAAAAUCCCUCCGGUCGAUCUGUACCGCUUGAACCAGUAUAUUCAGGAGGCGAACCAACGGGAGCAAAUUCUGGAAACGAAGCUUACCAGCCUCCAGAAGACGGUUGAAGCAACAAAACAAAAUUCUGCCCUCGGCUGGCAAGCAAUGAUCGACGAGGAUCGGUUGCUGAGUCGGAUAGACAUGCUGGAGAAAAAGCUGCAAUACUUCCAAAAAAACAUGACUGACGACAAAUUGCGAGAAGAGGUACUCAAACUGCAGGAUGAGAAGUCUCAAUACCAAAUCUCGGCCAAGGAGACGCUCUGGAAGGUGCACCAGGAACGGUUAGAUGCUACACACAAACUGGCCGCGAUUGAGAAGGCACUGUGUAGCAGCGAGGACGAGUGCUCACUGCUGCGAGAGCAGUUGAACAAAACCCAGCUGCAGUUACAGGAAAUAACUGGUAGAUUGGAUGCGCUGCAGGGUCAGUAUGACGAGAAGGUCACAUCCAGCGAAGAGCAAAUCAAGGCGAAGGAAUCUGAGGUUGCUAAUUUGAGCCAUGAAAUCAACUUGCUGCAAGAGAAAAUCAACUUCUAUGCGUUUUAUGCAUCCGAUGAGGACGACCAACACCAACAGCAGGAAUACAACAGUUCGGCCGUCUCCAAUUGGCUACUGAAAUCUGAUAUUAAGAAACUGGAAGGAUCUGAUGAUAUAAUUAAGGCAAUUUGUAAUGAUGCUGAAACAGAAGCGAAUUUUGAUGAUAAGGAAGUCAAUCUAGAAGAUAGUGUUAUGCAGUUACAGAAACGGAUCCUUACUCUCGAGCGAAACAUUUCCCUUUUUAUGGAAAGCGACAACAAAACCGAAAAUGAAAACAUCGAGGCGAACGACAAUUCGAGCAUCACGUCGACAUCAACGAUUGACACGACGACGAUUACGACCGACAGUAGUGCAGCGAAGGUCAACGAUAACGAUCCAGCGUUAACGCUUACGGUGACGAAUAACAGCGCAGAUUGUGACGGCAAUCAGAACGUGAGUAGUAACCCGAACGAAAUGAUGCAGCAAUCGCAGCCGUCCACAACCGAUACACCGACCCCAGCAACCAAUGGCCAAAAACAACAGGUGCAGCAGCAGCACCAGAAACGAUCUCUCGUGGGAACCAAAUUGCCCUCCCAUCUGAGUUGCGAGCUCAAUCAAAAUGUACUGCGGAGAAAUCUGAAGCAUAUCAAAAGUGAAUGCGCGCUUCUGUUACGGCAGGUCAGCAAGACGAAGGAGGAUAACAAGAAAAACGAGGACAACAUAGUGGCGAAAGUCAAGUGCGACGAGUUGGAAGCGGAGCUGCAAAUGCUCAAACAGGAGCUGGAAUCCCGUCCAAAGUCCGACGAGUUGGAGAAAAAGCAACAGCUCUGCGAGAGUCUAACCGAGAGUCUGGCCUCGCUGCGAAUAGAGGCGGAAGAACUGCGGGCGGUGAACGAUCGCUGCCAGGACGAGAUGGAUCGGUUGGAGAAGGAACUUUUGAAGCAGAAAAACAGCGAGAAUGAGAAACUCAGUGCAAUGGCGGCCCUCCAUCAGCAACCUGCCCUGGAGGUGGUGGAUCCGGUGGUGCCAACAAUCAGCGACGCGGCAGCCGUGGGGAAAGUGGAACGAGACCCCGUCGAAGCACGUGUCCAGGAGGAGGGGAUUUCUAGGGAUAACGCAAAGCAGCAGUCCUCUCUGGUCGAUGUUGAAACACAAACAGACGUAGAAGAGCAUGCUGUUGUUGUGGAUGUAAGCGAGAACGACAUCUCAAUCAGCUCCAAUGUCGGGGAGCUAGAUGACGACGACGAAGAAGAAGACGACGACGAGAAAACGGAAACGAACGAUAAUACGGGCGUUUUUGUUGGCGAACAACUGCUCGAUCGUAGUGGCAUUUGCAGUAGCAGUAGUUUCGGUGAGAGUGACGCGGCCAGCACCCACAACGAUAGUGAGAUUAGUCCCAGCAAUAGCAUCAGAAGUGCAAUCGGUACCAAAGCAACGAGCGUUGUCAUCGGCCCCGGAGGAGAACCCAACGGAAGCGUAUCCGAUCAGUGUAAACUUUUUGGCAUUAACAUCGAACAUGAACUGGAACUCAUCAACCAUCCAGAUGUCCAGAGGGAGGAAGAGCUGAUCGCGUUCAAAGAAAAGUACACUCAUCUAACGCAGGAAAACAUCCGGUUGAACCAGCAGCUGCAAAAGCUUAAUGAAGACUUCUGUCAGUUCAAGAGCAAAUCAUUUAUGAAUAUUCUGUUGUACAUAGCGCCCCUCUUUGUUAUCGUUGGUUAUGUAAUGUUUAAUCGUGUAUCGUAAAGCCACUAGGUAUCUUCAGUUUAGUUCAGUUAUACAGAGUAGAAAAUUUUACAAAUAUUUAUUUCGAACUCGGUUAGAAGCAGACAGAUACGAAACAAAAAUCAUCAGUAUAGUUUAAAAAUUAGCUUUGUUUUCCCCUCCUUAGUUGUACUUUAUCCACACGAUCGAGCUCACAUCUCGAGAGGUUCUCAAUUUCGGUUUCAUCUUUCGGCAGAUAGCUUCAAUUUACCAUCUAUGUUUAGUUUUUCUGUAUUUUCGGCUGCAGCCAAAUGUAUUUAUUGUAGCCCAGAGGAUGAUGAAUAAUACUAGUAGUAUCAUUGUGGGAUCAGCCAUGAUUUAGCCAGAGAAAAAAAAACAGGAAAACGAGCGAGCCUGGAAUCUCUUCUUUUUGUUUUUCUGUGUGCAUGCAUAAUAUAUUAUAUAUUAUUCAAACAAAAUAUCGAGAAUCAAAAACCCACUUCUUUCGAGAAUAAAACACUACAUUUAGAAAUUCCACCCCCUGAGCUCUUGUAGUAUACUGCUGAGUCCAAACAACAUAUUUAUUCACUAGAGCAGGAUAGCUUCUAUACAUACAUACAAAACAACAAAAUAAAAAAAACAAGGUGUGCGCUCUUAACUACUAGCAGAUCUAAACCAUCGGCCGCUUCUGGUAUGCAAACGCAAAUAUCGAGUCUUCGAGGAAACGCUUAGGAUUUUUUUUUUGAAUUGUAUCAUAAACGAUUUUUUCUCCGGAAGGCGCAUUAUUCGUUCAUUCCCUGUGGAAGUGUGGCGAACUGUUUAGGAAGCAACGAUCGCAAACAUAUUUUAGUGGUGGCAGAAGCAGCAGCACCAGCAAUAAUCGUAGCGACAGACUCGAAAAUAAAACCAAAAUAAUAGGCAAGUGUUCGAGAACAUUUCAAAGUACAAAUACAGCAGAAUAACAAAUAACACUGCUCAACCAGAACAUGAAUCGACGGAUAAGAGGCGGGAAGCACAGCAAAA